AUGUCAACCAUCAUUGAUGUGGCAGAGUCAAGCAACCCUCGUGUUAAUGAAAAGGCUGCUUUAAUAGCGUCCCCUCAAAAACCAGGAGGAUGGAAAAAAGGCAUAGCCAUAAUGGAUUUCAUUCUAAGGUUAGGUGCCAUAGCAUCCUCUCUUGGUGCUUCUAUCACCAUGGCAACCAGUGAUCAAAUUCUUCCAUUCUUCACUCAGUUCUUUCAGUUUGAAGCUAGUUAUGAUAGCUUCUCAACUUUUCAGUUUUUUGUGAUAGCAAUGGCAUUUGUUGGUGGCUACUUGGUACUAUCCCUACCAUUCUCCAUAGUAACUGUCAUUCGUCCUCAUGCAAAUGGACCAAGGCUUUUCCUCGUCAUCUUAGACACAGUGUUUCUUACUCUUGCAACUUCCUGUGGUGCUUCGGCUGCUGCCAUGGUUUACAUGGCUCACAAUGGCAAUCAAGAUGCAAACUGGCUUGCCAUUUGCAAUCAAUUUGGAGAUUUCUGUGCACAAACUAGUGGUGCUGUGGUGUCGUCUUUUGUUGCUGUGGUGGUUCUUUUGUUGUUGAUUGUUAUGUCCUCUUUGGCUCUUGGAAGACAUUAG